AUGAGCAGACUCCUCACUGUCUUCGGUGCAACUGGCCAACAAGGAGGUUCGCUUAUCAACUAUGUUCUGAGUAACUCCGAACUCUCGAAAAUCUAUCGGCUUCGGGGUAUUACUCGGGACAUAUUCAAGCCAGCUUCAGUUGCUCUGAAGAAAAGAGGAGUUGAGGUCAUUCAGGCAAAUCAGAAUGAACCGUCCACGUUGGCCGCUGCUGUCGAGGGCUCAUAUGCUGUAUUUGCAGUCACGAAUUACUGGGAACAGGCAUCCGCAGCUGUCGAAAUUGCCCAAGGGAAAGCUAUGGCUGACGCCUCGGUUGCUGUGGGAGUGACACUUCUCAUUUGGUCCUCGCUUCCAAGCGUGACAGAAAUGUCCAAAGGCGCAGUAACAUUCGUGGAGCAUUUUGAUAGCAAAGCAGCCGUUGAGACUUACAUUCGCGGCUUGCCAAUUAUAAAGGCGUUUUUCAUGGCGGGGUGGUAUAUGCAGAACCAUAUCCAUUUCAUGCGACCGAAACCUAGAGACGACGGAAGCUUUGUUCUAGCACAGACUUGGGGACCGGCGGCUCGAGUCCCAAUGCUUGACAUCACCGACACCGGAAAGUUCCUUGCUCCUAUCCUCCUUGACCCGGCUAAAUACGACGGCAAGGCAUUUACUUGUGCCACUGACUUUUAUACUCCCUUGGAGUUGGUCGAUGGAUGGACGAAGGUCACGGGGAAGAAGGUGCUGUAUGAGCAGAGUGGACCGGCGGAAGCGAACAAAAAUCUGACCGCUGAGAUGCAGCAUAAGUUGAUGAAGAAACUCGCUGACAGUUCCUAUUUUGGACCAACUGGGACGGCGGAUUUGAAGUGGACGUUGGCGCAAAUUAAAGAAGCUCCUACUCCGUGGGUAGAGUUUUUGAGGGCCAAUGAGCCGUGGUUUAGUGAUGUUAAAAGCUCCGCUUAG